GAAGUCAUCAAACAGUAAUUAAAAUGGCUUUUAAGUUUUUCGCCGUGCUAUUUAUUAUUUUUAACAGAAGUCAGUGUUGGAUAUUUAACGAUAUAAAUACGAAAAGCUUUGAAGAUAAUGCCAUAGAUUUGGAUCUUGAUGAGUUAUCUCCCGAGGAAUUGGCGAGGCUCAGGUUCAGCUUAAUUUAUCCAGGAACAAAAUGGUGUGGACCGGGAAAUGUAGCGGAAGAUUACGAUGAUCUUGGACCAUCGCAGAAGGCGGAUGCAUGCUGCAGGGAUCACGACAACUGCGCUGAAUAUAUAGCAGCUGGCGAUACUAAGUUCAACCUUACCAACAAUUCUUAUUAUACAAGGCUAAGUUGCGAUUGCGACGAGAGCUUUCGCCGGUGCUUGCUGAAAGCUGAUACGAAAUCUUCGACCACGAUUGGCUACAUGUACUUCAAUGUAGUGGGAACUAGGUGCUACAGGAAAGACUACUUGACCACGGGAUGUAAAGUACAAGGAGGAUGGCUGAACACGAAAUGCGUUGAAUAUUCAUACGACAAAAGCAGCGUGAAAACUUACCAGUGGUUCGACGUGCCCAACUUUGACUCCGCUAGACUACGGGCACGUACGAGAUUAUUAAAUUCAAGACGGUAGACAUUAUAUCGGAGCUCUUAAAACGGUAAAAACACUGUAGCAUUAACAUAGAUUACAGACAGUGGGCGUGCACUGGGUUUCUUACCAGGGUAUGCAUACUGCAGGAAAAUUGCAUAAAACUACAAAAAUCUACCUCCUAUACGAGUUAUAUAUAAAUUUUAGGGUAGGCAGUGCUUUUGUGCAUGUAUGAAGUGCACGCCACUCACAGAUGUCAAAUCUUGCCGGGAUAAUGUACAGUAUUUAUAAACGGUUUUUGGAUCUUUUGGUUGUUUCGUUGAGACAUAAAAACUAUCCCAACCUUGGCAAUUUAAUGUAUUUCCAGGAUAAAAAAAAACGAGUUCAUUUAUUGAUUAGUAAGGCCGUAAAGGAAGAAGAAGCAAACAAACACAAUCUCGCAUUUAUUAUGAUAUUAAUUAAGAUUGUGUGGAUCAAAUCAAGUAAUGAAAACUUUAUCCCUUUUCCGUCACACAUUAAGUUCUGAUGGCAAUCCAAUUAAAUGCGUUCGGUAUCUUUUAGUAACCAAUUUAUCCGACACAAAUGAUGGAUAAUUGGAUUUCAUAUUUCUUUAACUCCUAAUUAAUGGAAGGUAUCUGAAAAUGAAAGUAGAAUACAGUCCACCAUUGAAAUUCCAAAUACAACGUGGCGUCACAGAAUUAAGAAUCAUCAAAAACCACUCCACUUUAGUAUAGUUUCUCGAACAGGCGGUUAGCCGCUUCUUAUAUAUUUCUAAACGUUUACCAUAAAAUGGGGAAAAUUGGAAAACUUUGUGAGCUAGCAACUUUCACACACUGCAUAAGGCACUGCAUUAUGCACUGCAUGCAAUAAUGGCUCAAUGAGGGUUCUGUACAUACAGAACCCUCAUUCAGCCUCAUUCCGAGGCUCGCCAACAAGCCCGCGUUACGCUGUUAAACUCAUUAGGGUUCAUCAGCUACAAACAAUACGAAAAAAAAAAAUGAUAUUCUUAAUUAUGUGCAUGGCGUCUAAAGAAAUCAGGAGACAUAGUGAAAUAUUUAUGUAACAGAACCCAGCACAAUAAAAUAAUUACUAUGGGAAGUUGGAAUUCGUUAUUAGUGAUUUCAGUAGGAAUUUAGGUGCUUCAUUAAAGUUUAAGGAAUAUUUACAGAUGAGUAAACUGGCGUAUAAUCUACUUAAAUGAGGUUUUUCCUGUUGUAGAAUGGACUAUUAGGAUAAAUAUAUGAUUUAUGAUCCAAAGUUUACAAAGUUCAUUAAUAAUGUCAAGGCGCAAAUGUAAAUAGCAAACCCAAGGUUCUAAAUAGUACCGAACGUUAAUUAAUAUUAUUCGUGUACCAUAUAUAAAGUUGUCUAAGGAAAAAAACGUAGAUCCACUUUAUAAACUUAUAUUGUUGACAUAGGUACUUAUAAAACGUUAAUUUGAUGUAUAAAAAUUACACAAAAGGGUAAGUUGAAUAAAGUAUCGUGAAGAGUUUGUGAUGAGUACAGAAUUAGGCACCAAUGUCUGCUUUGUUUCAAGCUGACAAGUUUUAAAUUAAUGCCAACAUAGGGAACAAUCUGGAAAGCACAUGUGGAUAUUUUUUUACCAGUCAAUUUAGAUUCACAUCGGCAGCUUUGUAUAUCUUCUCCAAGAAGCUAAUCUGUUUAAAAGUCGUGUUUUCGUACAAAACAUCGCACACAACUUUUUAACAAAAUUUGUAUCGAUAGAAACUUUGUUUUCCUGUCUUAAGGUGUAAAUUUUAAGUAGGUAAGAAUAUUUAUUUGAUUGUUGUAAGUUAUUGUUUUGUUAUUUAUUCAUGUUAAAUAUUUGUUGUGUGGAUAUAAAAAUACAUAAAAUAAAGAAGCGGCAUUUGUAUCGUUUAUUUUAUCGCAGCGUAUUUGGUACAUUGUUA